AUGCCAGAGGAUCCCGGCACAAGUGCCCCAGGGGGAGCGGAGGAUGAUCAGCAGAAGGAGAGAAUCCCAAUUGUGUGGACAGGCCGCCCCAAAGACCCCCCAGCAGCAGCUGCGAGCAGCACCGGGAACACUGCGGACACCACAGACGGCGCCACCGCCGCCGCAGCCGCAGCCAAACCGAUGCAGCGGAUGAAGCCCAACGCCGGCUUCCUGCUCAACCUCGUGGCAGACGCGGAGCGCGGCAACAAGCGCAAGUGCGCGGAAGAGGCCACCCAGGUCUCCCUCAAUGUCCUGGGCCAGGCGGUGGCUGCGGGCGUGCGGCCGCAGCUGGGGCGCGUGGGGCCAGAUGGGGGAGAUGCAGCGGUGCGACGGGUGGUGCUGUCAGUGGCGCAGCAGCAGAGGCUCGCCGCCUGCAGCGCGCUGCUGCGGGAAGUGGCCGCUACCUUCGGCUUCGCGCUGCACAUCGCGCCUGAUGUUGGGGACGAGGAUGCAGCAGAAGGCGAGAAUGAGACAGCUGCGUCAGGCGGGGGUCCUGCAGGCAAUAGCGGAGCAAACAGGCUGCCCAAUGGAACCAGCGAAGCAGAGAGGGACCGUACAGGAUUCCAAGCACUGCAGCCUUUGCGUGUGCAGCUGAAUCUGGCUUCGCGUAAGCAGACACCCGAGCCCGACAAAGCUGUGUCUGCGCCAUCAAAUGAUGAUGACUCUGCCCAGAGGCCACCCAAGCCAAGGGCCCCAGGCAUCAACAUGACAGCAAGCAGGCUGGCAGGCGCUGCUCUGGGGGCUAUUGGAGUGGCGGUACCAGAGAAGCCAAAGCUGUCACCAUCCCAGGCACUCCAGAAGGUUUCUGCCAAGGGCCAAGGGAAGGCAGGGCUGUUUGCGCGCAAUGAGACUGAGGAUGAGGCAGCGAAUGGCAUGCAGUCUUCUGAGGAACUCGAUGACCUGGAAGAUGUUGACGAUCUUGAUGCGGAUGCUCUGAUCAAUGCUGCAUUGGAGGAUGCAGCCUCUGCUGAACAGUCUGCCGACGAGCCUCCGCUCUCCAACAGCAGACAGGCAAGGCUCCCCUCUUUCAGGGAACCUGCAACUGAGAUGGGGAGCGGCUUCUCUUCAAGAUUGAUGCGGCACCUGGGAGCCUCCAGGGCUCCCACCCCAACAGGCAACGGGCCUCUCUUGGGAGCUGCCUCCAGAGCAGGGUCCUUGAAGCCCAAGGGAGCCCUCAGGAUGGAUGUAACCGGUCCAGAAGAGCAGGAAGAGCAGCUGAAAAGAUCCGAUGAGCAGGAGAAAGUGCCACCCAACAAGCGGCAACGGGCCAACUCUGGCUUGCUGUCGAACAGCGCAAAGAGGCAGCAGGGGGAGGAAGCUUCUGCUGCAAGUCGUGCCGAUGCGGCAGCUGCGGAGAAGCUGCCAAGGAAGGCAGCCGCCGCACCGGCACCCGACAUGGCGCGUCUGCUGUCGCGAGCCAGCGCAGCGGCAAACGUGCAGAAGCGGCAGCCAACUGAGAAGGCCGCGAACGGCAGAGCCGCAAGCGACGGCACUGAGAAGAAAACCGGCAGGGAAGGGAGGAGUGACAUGGCGGCAUCUUCGGCGGCCCGGGACGCCUCUGCUUCUGAUGACAGCGCUGGGUCGGAAGGAAUGGAGGAAGCUGUGCAGAAGCGUGCGCCAAGGCGGUCUGUGAGGGGCAGGGGGGCUGCAACGCAGGAGUCAGAAGCAGCAGAGGGGAUUGCAGGCAGGUUAAGCGGUAGCAGGCAGCAGCUCAGAAGCCAGAGAGAGAGAAAGAGGGAACUUGACGAUGAUGAGGAGCCUGGCUAUGGGGAGGAUCAGAGUGCGAGGGGUGGCAAGCCCGGGGGAAAGGCAGGCAGAGGGCUUUUUGGUGCGGCAAUGGCUGGUCUGCAGAGGAAAUGA